AUGGAUGUUAAUACAUCAGCAUAUAUUAUAGUACAAGCUGCAACACAAUGCCUUGCAUUGAUUUUAACUGUUUUAAGUUCAUUCAUUUUAUUAGCUACUUCUAUUUCAAUAGCACUUCUUUCCAAUCAAAUCGAUUCACCUGAUGCAGCACUCAACUGGCCUGAUGAGGGAAGAAUCGAAUUUCGAAAUUAUUCAUUACGGUAUGGAGCUAAUCUUCCAUAUGCUCUCAGAAAUAUUGAUUUGCAUAUUGAAUCGGGCCAAAAGAUUGGUAUUAUUGGUCGAACUGGUGCUGGAAAAUCUUCUCUCUUCAAAGGACUCUAUCGGUUUGUUGAUCAAUCAAAUGUGACGGGUGACAUUCUAAUAGAUGAUGUGAAUAUCCAUCGUCUUCCACUAAAUCAUCUUCGAUCAAACCUGACUGCUAUUCCUCAACAACCUGUAAUGUUUAGUGGAAGUCUACGAUAUAAUCUUGAUCCAUUCAAUUCUUAUUCAGAUGAACAAUGUUGGAAAGUACUCGAAGAUGUUCAACUGAAACAAUUUGUUCAAAAUCAUUCGGCAGGUCUUCAAAUGUCAAUUAGUGAAUGGGGUCGCAACUUGAGUGUAGGUCAAUGUCAAUUGAUCAAUUUUGCACGAGCUAUUUUGAAAAAUAGGAAAAUUUUAUUGUUCGAUGAAGCAACAGCCAAUGUUGAUCAGAGAACAGAUGAUCUUAUUCAAACAUUGAUCAAAAACAAAUUUCAUGAUCGAACUAUUUUGAUCAUUGCCCAUCGAUUGAAUACGGUUGCCAAAUGUGAUCACAUUCUUGUUUUAGACAAUGGAAUGGUUGUCAACUAUGAUACAUUGACUAAUAUUUUGAAUUCAUAUCAAUAA